AUGGGAUACUAUUUAGCUGAUGGUAUUUAUCCUGAAUGGGCCACAUUUGUCAAAUCAAUCUCAAAGCCACAAGAUGAGAAACGCAAGUUAUUUGCACAAUACCAAGAAGGGCAAAGAAAAUAUGUGGAACGAGCAUUCGGAGUGUUACAAGCACGCUUUCCAAUUAUACGUGGUCCAGCUCAUUUUUGGGAAAAGAAAAAACUUGCCAACAUAAUGAGAGCUUAUAUUAUAUUGCAUAAUAUGAUUGUUGAGGAUGAAAAAGACAGUUAUGCAGAAAAUUUUACUCAAGGCUUAGAGUAUGAUGAUGUUGAAAAUGACUUAUCACAACCUCAGCUGGGAGAGGAAGAUUUUGCACCAUACCAUCAAUUUCUUCAAAGAAAUGCCCAACUUUGA